AUGCUUGCGUGACCUUUUUCAGUGCAGCACUGAACGCUGUGCCGUCUGGGUGGAUAUAGUAAGGCACUGGAAAACACGACGAUUCCGAAACGAACACAAGUAAUACACCCUUCGUAAAUGGGUUUAUUAUCACAACAGUCGUUGGUUUUCAUCUCGCUUUUUCAAUCAACCGACUACAGUGAAUGGAUUGUAUCAUUUUUUGCUCGCCAAACUGCCUUACGACGACCAGUCAUUAACCCCAGCAGGACAUUUGACGUUCGAGGAAGUCUCGGUCUGCCGUUAUGAUGGCAGUCUUCAGUCCGCAGGUGCUUAUGGCUGUAACAAGAUCAAGGGGGUCUUAUCUGCUGUCUAAACGGCACAGCUGCUGCCCCCUUCCCUCCACCGCCUACCUCCAGCUCCACCUGGACUCCCACACACGCCUAUCCACCCCACCCCCUCUCAGACACUCCCGAGCUGGAUACCCCCACUGCUCGCGGGCCCACGGACCCACCCGCCCCCACAGCACCUCCCUGCUGGCCAGAUCGCUACACAGCAGCUGUGUCUGGCUCCAGGACACCAAACAGGACUCCCAGCCCCUUCCCGGUGCCACCCCAGCCCAGGAUGACCCCCCCGGGGUUAAGAAAGACCCUGCUGCCCCUCCACCUCCAUCCACCCCAACAGCAGCUGCCACAGCCGCAUCGCUACCUCCGACCCAGGAGAGGGCGGUAGUGAGGAAGUCUGUCGGCCAGAGGAUAGUGGACGAGAUGAAACACUACUAUAACGGCUUCCGACUCCUGGGGAUCGACACCAACAUCGCGGGGAGGAUGGUGUGGAGACUGUUGCAUGGACAGCUGCUCUCUCGCAGGGAGAGGAGACGGUUGAUGAGGACCUGUGCCGACCUGUUCCGCCUGGUCCCCUUCAUCGUCUUCAUCAUCGUUCCCUUCAUGGAGUUCCUGCUGCCCGUCUUCCUGAAGCUCUUCCCCGACAUGCUGCCCUCCACCUUCGAGACGGAGGACAAGAAGGAGGAGAAACAGAAGAAGGGUCUGGCUGCCAAGCUGGAGCUGGCCAAGUUCCUGCAGGAGACGAUAGCAGAGCUGGCUCUCCGGAACAAGGCCAAGGCCCUGACGGAGGACGAGACCCAGCGCUUCUCCACAUACGUGCAGAAGGUACGUCACACGGGCGAGCAGCCCACCACCAAGGACAUCGUGAAGUUCUCCAAGCUGUUUGAGGACGAGCUGACCCUGGAGCACCUGGAGCGCCCCCAGCUGGUGGCGCUGUGCAAGCUGCUGGAGCUGCAGCCCAUCGGCACCAACAACCUGCUGAGGUUCCAGCUCAUGAUGCAGCUGCGCACCAUCAAGGCCGACGACGAGAUGAUAGCUGGGGAGGGCGUGCCGGCCAUGAGUGUGUCAGAGCUGCAGGCAGCCUGCCGUAGCAGAGGCAUGAGGUCUCUGGGGCUCACCAGCGACCAGCUACGCCAGCAGCUGCAACAGUGGCUGGACCUGCACCUGAAGGAGAACGUGCCUCCCUCCCUGCUCCUGCUCUCCAGAGCCAUGUACCUGACCGACCUCAAACCCAAGCCCCCCAUCAUCCCGCCUGUCGCCAAGCUAGAGAAGUCUCCACCUCCUGUGGAGAACACUGAAGCAGUCCCUCCUUCAGUCUCAGCCGAGCUACUAGCCGACCCUGCUCUCAUCAUCAAGGACAGACCGAUCGAGGAGUUGAAGGACAAGGCUCCUGUGCUCUCAGACAAGCCUCUGACCCCGGCGCAGGUCAUCCAGGCCAAGGCGGCAGAGAUGACCCCGAAGAGCAAGAUGACUGCAAACGGCGUGUGAGGAGGAGGAGGAGGAGGGAGAGAGAGAGAGAGAGGGACACGGGCUGGAGGUUAGAGGUCGGAGCCAUCAUCUGCUUCACUGCUUCUGCAAGACCAGAAGACUGAGGGAAUCUCCCCCUCCCCCCUCUAUUUCACCCCCCCAAAAGUGGUGAUGUCAGACCAAGACCUGAUUGUUAUUGGUGCUAGACUUCUGGAAAAUUCCCCCCCUAACAGUUUUUACUAGCCAGGACCAUUCUCCCAUCUCACCCCAGGACACACACCACCGUCCUCCCCUCGCCCUCCCCUUCCUCUCUCACUCCCCCUCGGUCUCCCCUCUCCUCCCCGUGUCCAUCCAGGACCCCCCCCCCCAGCCACCGGCAGCUGGCUCCUCUCAGACACUCCAUUCACUCAAACACCAGAGGCGGACAGGAAGUUCUCCACUCCUGACUCGGCUCCCUGCGACUGGGGGACUAAAACCUGCUUCAUUCAUCGACGUAACAGAGAUUGGGUCGUUUCGAAGAACGCCUGGUCCUCUGGCUGGCUGGCCUGGACUCUUCCCCCCCCCCCCCCCCCCCCCCCCCCCCCCACACCCCCAAUCCCACCCCCUUGUAUAUGUGUAAAUAUUGUGUAAAAUGUUGUCUUGCUCAGGAGGCUGGCCCAUCGCUGCUCUCUGCACUCUGCUAUGCCACUCCCUCAAACUGUCCUGAGAGAGGGAAAAAAAGAGUUCUAUGAACUUUGACCGUUCUGGUUAUUUUUAAUUAUUAUUAUUAUUUUUUAGUUGUCGCGUGUAAAUACAAAGGCCGGACUCGGGCAUCUCGCCCGUCGGGGUGAGGUGAACGCGUGCCGUCAGUCGGGGAGGACGCGACGCCUCAGCCGUAGACCCCGUCUGCCCCGUCUGUUCCCGGGGGAGGCAGCGGCAGACGCCCCUGCCUGGCUCUGAGGGGCGCCGUCCAGCAGGACCGUGUUCUGGGGCUAAACCCUCAACCUCCGUCCUCCUGAGCUGUCCUCAGAUCCAUCUCCGGGACUCUACCGCCUGCCGGAAUCCCAGGGACUCCCGACAUCCGGGGUGUAGAUGGGGGGGGGGCAAACUGAGCAUGUCGGCGUGAAAUCCCUGACCCUGUAAUGUGUCUCACCUCAUCAGCUAACGACGUGCAGGUGCAUGCCCGGCCUCUCAGACUGAAUGAAGUGGCAUUGUGUAUUUAGAGGACUAUGGAUAGCAGAUGAACACUAGUUGAUUUGAUCUGAUUGUAAGAGAGCGCCCUCCCUACUCCUCCUGGAGGCACAGCGGAGACAGGCAAGGCGCGGCCAGGCAGACUGGAGCGCUGCGGUCGUGCUCAAACCUGCUGCGGUCGGUCAGGUCGACCGGGCUGGGAAAGCGCUCUGCUCGCGCCUCCUUGUAAUCAAUUGAACAGGAAAUCUGUGUAAACAUUUUUAUUUUGUAUUUGAGUAUACAGUGGUUAUAUUGUGUUGAUGCUAAAGUACUACUACUACUACCCUUGAUUCAUAGUAAUCAAAUCUGAGAGAGAAACUUGAUGUUUUAUUGCGUAAUAAUACUGGGUAAUGUUUUAUCCAGAACCUGUUAUUACAACUUAAGGUAGUGAACAAUCCGAUGAGAGAGAAAUUAAGUGUUAAAUAAUUUAUUGGCACAAAAGUUUAUCCUCAACCUUUGCCCCCCCCCCCCCCAAAAGUAACAUCUUUAUUAAAAAUGUUCACGUGGUCUGAAAAGUUUAAAUAUAUAUGGAACCCCUUGUGUGACCACGAGAUCUCAAACCUUUGCUACUUCGUCAUAAGUUCACUACUAUAACGACCUAGGAUUUACCACAGGAACAUGUGUGUGCAUUAGAUGCUUUUGUGUUUGGUUGUGCAUGUUUGAUUGAUGAUGCCUUAGCCUCUGGGACCCCCUCUCCCCCUACAGCAUUUAACCAGGGGACAUAAACAAAAGGAGGCCACUACUUUCUGUCAGUGGACCCUCAGCCCCUCUAAUGAGCUUCGUACUUGUUGUGUGUUAGCAUUAGCAUGGCCCUGUUUCAGUGAAAGACUUGGUGGAAGCUGCUGCCAUAUUUCCUAAUGCUGGGACGCUAAUCAUCACUCCUACAGGCUUCACAUCUCUGCGAGGCUUCAGUCCUGCCUGGUUCAGAUGCGAGUGCUCUGCCUGGUUCAGCUGCUAGCGCUCUGCCUGGUUCAGCUGCUAGUACUCUGCCUGGUUUAGAUGCUAGUGCUCUGCCUGGCUUAGAUGCUAGUGCUCUGCCUGGUUUAGAUGCUAGCGCUCUGCCUGGUUCAGCUGCUAGCGCUCUGCCUGGUUUAGAUGCUAGUGCUCUGUCUGGUUGAACUGCUAGUGCUCUGCCUGGUUCAGCUGCUAGUGCUCUGCCUGGUUCAGCUGCUAGUGCUCUGCCUGGUUUAACUGCUAGUGCGCUGCCUGGUUCAACUGCUAACACUUGUACAUCUAGACAUACCACACUCCACAGGUUUCCCAUGCUACAGUUUAUUUUUGAUUUUAACUGAUGGACCUUUUCAUUUGAUUUUUCCAACCAAAAAUUUGUACUUGUCGUCGUUCAGGGUGUUGUGUCUGCGAGGCGCUUUUACCUCAUCUGUGUGUGGAAUGUCUCUUGUCUCCUGUCCCCCACCCCCUGUUCAAAGACAGAAUCUCUACCCCCCUCUCGUCCCUUUCCCCUCGCCCCUCAUGACCACCCGGGGCCGGGGUGGAAGACGUCACCUCCUCCGCGGCCUUUUCACGUUACAAAAGGAAAGUGAGGGAAGCAAAAGUGUGACACGAACGGGUUAUGCACGAAAACAAAUGAAAAUUAGAGCGUGAAAGCAUUGUGACUCGCAUGUUUGAAUGCCCAGCCCAGCCUUUGAACCGGCCCCUCUUUGGAAAAUACAAAGUAUUGGAAAUGGAAUGGUUGAACAGCAGAAUGGAACUGUUGGGCGCUGCCGCUUGGUACACAGUUACCGGCAUGGUGUGUGGGGGGUUCUGUCUGGUUUUGGGGUUGAAAUUGUGGGGGAACUCUAGCUGACCUAGAACGUCCAGAUCUUCAUAAAGAGUUUAACAAGGAUCAUGUAAACUGAAUAAAGGCCCUUCGGACAUGGAGAUGG